AUGGAAAAACAUCAAACUCAAGAACUCAAACACUCUUGCAAAUUUUGCAACAAAAGUUUCCCUUGUGGUAGAUCCUUAGGAGGUCACAUGAGGUCUCAUAUAAACAACUCAUCAGCAUCAUCUGAAAAAACAGGACAGAAAGAAAAGCUUGAUCCAAUCAACAAUGGUUGCAUUGGUUCUGAAAACAAUGGUAGCUAUGGCUUAAGAGAGAAUCCAAAGAAAACAUGGAGAAAGAGAAUUGCAGAUUCAAGUGAACAAGGUUUGGUGUAUGACAAGUUGUGCAAAGAGUGUGGAAAGUGUUUUCAAUCUUGGAAAGCUUUGUUUGGUCACAUGAAGUGUCAUUCAGAGAAAGAAAGAGUUUGCAACAGCUUGGAGGAUCAAGAUUCAUGGACGAAUGACGCCAAAGAUGUCCAUUCGGAUAACGAAAUCACUGCGCCGAGUAGAAAAAGAAGAUCAAAGAGAACAAGAACAAGGUAUAAUAGCGUAGUAGUAGCUGCUGCUGCUGCUGCUGCAACUUGUUCUUCUGUUUCUGAAGUUGAACAAGAGCAAGAAGAAGUUGCUAUGAGCUUGAUUAUGCUUAGUAAAGAUGUUAGUCCUUGGAGUGGUCUAGCUGAAUCUUCGGAUAACAAUUCUCGAUCUUCUGUUCGAACUAAUCUUGUUACUAAAUUCAAUGCUAGUGCUAGUACUAGUACUAUGAAUAUUGCCAAGUUGAUGAAGCAUAAGAGAUUCCACUUGAAAGAGGAUACUGAAAGAGGAAUUAAGAUGAAAUCUAGGAAAUUUGAGCUUGAUUAUGUGUCAAGAAUGGAUGAUUCAGAAGGUGAGAAUGGGAAAAACAUAGUGAAUGGAACAGAAUUGGUUACUAUGGGAAAAUUCGAGUGUACUACUUGCAACAAAAUGUUUCAUUCAUAUCAAGCUCUUGGAGGUCAUAGAGCGAGUCAUAAAAAGAACAAAGGAUGUUUCGCUUCGAAUGAUCUAUCUGGUGAACCAACAACCGAAAGCAAGAUCAUGAAGAUUAUUCAUAAUCAUAACAACAAUGAAGAUAUUCAAAACAUGAAGAUCAAAGGUCAUCAUGAGUGUCCAAUUUGCUUUAAGGUUUUUCAAUCUGGUCAAGCUUUAGGUGGACAUAAGAGAUCUCAUAUGGUUGUUGCUUCUUCUUCUGGCGCUGGUUCUGAGACUAGAGUUCCACAGAUUAGAGACUUUCUUGAUCUUAAUCUACCUGCUGCUACUGAGGAAGGAACUAGUAGUCAUGCUGAUUCUAACAGACCUUGGUGGAUACUUGAAAGUAACCAUAAACAAGAGGCACUUGUAGGAUAG